AUGUCGCACUCGAGCGUGGAGCGUGCCGGGCUGCUGGCAGGCGUGCAGAUGAGGCUACUGCCAUCCGACGACGCCUUCGCGCUGCGGGGCUCUACCCUCGCAAGCGCCCUCACCAAGGACAUCGAGCUCGGCCUCGUCCCCUUUUGCGUGAUCGUGACCCUGGGAACUACGAGCACCUGUGCGUUCGACAACCUGCAGGAGAUUGGGGAAGUGUGCCAGGAGUAUCCUGACCUUUGGAUCCACGUUGAUGCCGCGUAUGCAGGAUCGUCUUUCGUGUGCGAAGAAUUCCGCGGCCCCAUGAAGGGCGUCCACAUGGCGGACUCGUUCAACUUCAACCCCCACAAGUGGCUGCUCGUCAACUUCGAUUGCUCGACCAUGUGGGUUCGUAAAUCAGAAGAGAUCGUAGAUGCGUUCCGCGUUGACCCGAUCUAUACCCGCCGCCAGCACCGAGCUGAUCCUAACGCCCCUAAUUACAGGCACUGGCAGCUGCCGCUGUCGAGGCGCUUCAGGGCGCUGAAGCUGUGGUUCGUGAUGCGCAUGUACGGCAGAGACGGACUACAGAGACACAUCCGUAAAGAGGUGGCGCUGGCAGCGGUGUUCGAGGCGCUGGUGCUUCAGGACUCUCGCUUUGAGACCGUCUGUCCCGCGGUGCUGGGACUCGUCUGCUUCAGGGUUAAGGCGGCGCGCGACAUGAACGCGCUCCACAAGCGCCUGGUGCAGCGCAUCAACAAAGACGGCGACAUCCACCUGGUCGCUUCCGAGGUGCGGGGCGUCCACUUCCUCAGGGUGGCGGUUGGCUCCCGCUUCACGGAGCCUGAAGACAUGGUGUUUGCUUGGCAGGCGAUCGAACGCGCGACAUCUGCGCUGCUGGCAGACGAGGAGUGAGUUCAGCAGGAGGAGGUCCUGUGACGUCAUCGCAACCCUCUCUGACAACAUUGUUUUUGGAAAUGAUAACAGGACUUAUGCCACCUUGCAACGAAACGUAACAGAGAACUAACUAGAACGUUUAAUCUAACUUGAAUAUACGAUGUAACUCAAAUGAACGUAUUAACCGCUAUGACAAACUUAUUGUUAACAAACUAUAAGGAAAAGCUGAUGUAGUUUCAAAAACUGACUGGAACACUCAGACACAGUGAAACACUCGUGCUUACCGGAACACAAAAGUUCUCAAACACACAAGCAACCCAAAUUAUCAAGGUCACUCUAGCCUCAAGCUCUUAGAUUAUCAAUAAAAGUGUCAUUGAACAUAUAAUUUGCUCCUCACAUUAGUUGGACAGUCACAGAACGUUCAUCAGAAUCGGAUAUGUCUAAAUUUCUAUCAGCUCGAAUGGAUAAGCUGUGUCAAACUACAACCACACGCGAGUGAAAAGGGACAUUUUCUAAUGAAUCUAAAGUGUAGCUAAAAAAUUACUAAAAUUCCGUUUCUCAAAUAAGCGUAAGAUCAC